UUUAAACUUAUAAUCUUCUUGUAAGAAGUAGAAACUACUUCCUCUCUAUAAAUUCAAAGGCUUCAAAAAAACCUCAGAAAGGUGAGAAAUGAUCUACGUGUUUAAGACUAUCCGACCACUAUCUUCAACAACUGUCUCUUUCUUGUCACCUCGGUGUAGAACUGGCAACAACGUUACCGGACUUAGUUUUGCGACCGCUUCUGACCAGCAAAAGAUGGAUAAGAAGCCUGAAAAUCCAAACGAGAAAACCGGGGACGUGAUCAUGUCGCAUUCGUUUGGAGAAGGGUACGCAACGAGGUCUGAUGAAGAAGGGUUUGGAGGAACCUAUGGAGGAAAUCAAACUUUCCAAAAGGACAACAAUGAUAAGGUCCAUGAGAACCCCCCUGAUUACGACACAACUCAAGGUAGCGAAGCCAAGGAGGAGGAGAAAGUUAGGAACCAGACGUAAACAAUUUUCGUUUUGCUUUUCUAUUUAAUUUUAUAAUAAAUAAAAUCAAACUUGUGCUAUGUAGAUUCUUGCUCAAGCUUUCUAUUGUGUUUUUGGACCCGGUAAUUUUGGUUUUUAUUUUUAUUUUUGUUACCAUCAUCACUGAGUUAUAUCAGUAAGACUAGGACACUUGUUUAUC